AUGUACUUCACACUCAUCCUAGCCCUGGCCGCUGCCACCCUCACCACAGCGGCACCCACCCUCUCUUCAAGCACAGAGCACAACACACGCCAGCUCGAUACCCUGCUGGGCGGCCUUACGGGAGCCCAGUCUGCAGCCGGUGCAACCACGUCUGGCGGCGCUGCGGAUGGAGGUCUUGGGGCUCUCCUCGGAGGUGCCGGUGCCGGGACCGGUGAUGAGUCUAGUGGUCUCGGAGCGACGUUGGGCGGCGGUCUAGAUGGCGCUGAGGGCGCUCUGGAAAACCUAGGCGGUGGAGCACUCAAGGAGUAA